CACAAACACGGUAAGAAUAGAUUCGAUAUAGGCAGUUACCGCCCCAUAUCUCUUCUAAAUGGCUUAGCCAAAAUUACUGAUCGUGUGCUGCUCACGAGGCUACACACUUACGAACAAAACACACCGAUUAUACCAUCAGAACAGUACGGUUUCAAAGCCGGCCAUAGUACUGUUGCUCAAGUAAUUCGAAUAGCUCAACAUGCGAAAAAUGCAUUUAAUCAAAACAAACACACUGUACUAGUAGCACUCGACGCUGCUAAGGCCUUUGAUACCGUCUGGACUGACGGAUUAAUCCACAAAAUGUUUAUGAAUGACUACCCUGUUUUCAUUGUCAAAACAAUUCAAACAUACCUACAAGACCGUAAAUUCUACAUUAAAAUCCAUAAUACGCGUAAAGGACCAUACAAUGCGGAAGCGGGAGUACCUCAGGGUUCGGUACUUGCGCCGCAUCUGUACACUAUCAUGACCCAUGAUUUCCCCAUGGGACAUAAUGGUGUCCAGACGGCCCUGUACGCCGAUGACACUUGUGUCUACAAAUCAUCGGACACAGCAGAGAUUGCGACCAGGAGACUGGACAUCCAUGUUAACAGAACCAUAAUACCCUAUUUCAAGGCCAAUAAAAUUAACAUAAACGCUGCCAAAACAGAAAGUCUGAUUCUUGCUAAAAAAAGGGUAGACAGCAAAAUAAUAAACAAACUCAAGGUACAAAAUCAAAUAAUUGAAACAAAAACCACCAUGAAAUAUCUUGGCUUUACCCUCGAUAAAGGACUAACAUUUAAGGCACAUAUACAUGAUAGAGUCGCCAAGGCCACAGGUGCAUUUAAGUCGUUGUAUCCGAUGUUACAUCGCAGAAGCGGCGUAACAUCGGACAACAAACUUCUAUUAUAUAGGCAGGUGCUUCGGCCUAUUUUAACUUACGGAUGUCCAGUCUACUGUUCGAUGUCUAACAUUCACUUUAAAAAACUUCAAAUCUUUCAAAACAAGUGUCUUCGGCUAGCGCUGGGGUGCGAUCGUUACGUAAGAACAACAGACAUCCAUGUGCAAGCAUCCAUAGAAACCAUCAAAGAGCAUAUUAUUAAACUUUCAGAGAAUUUUUACGACAAAUGCCUCCCCCCUGAGGUAAAAAAUAACAUCCUAGCAAUACACCAACAUGAUGGUAUACACAGACCCCAUGGAUGCCUGCACAAGGCACUUUCAAUCUACAGACAGGAUCAAAAUUAAAUUCAACAAUUGACAUACAUCCUCCUUAGCAGCGUAAACCCCACUGAAUACUCAAAUCACAACGCCGACUAGUUAGCAACUUUAGUCGGACGGAGGACUGCACGGUGACGUCACUGAAAAAUGCGAAAAUUCGUGGCUUGUCGCGAUUUUAGUAUUGGACUCACCAAGGCUGCUGUUACCCGAACCCACGUUAGUCUCGUUACGAAGUAACAUAACCCCACUUUUCGCUCUCACAAGUAUAGUUUCUCUUAUUUUUGUCCGAACAAAAUCGCAUCGCCAGGUAAAGUUAAAACAGUGUACGGAGUGUAACCCCGUGCAUGGGGGAGCCCUCGGGGGCAUCCAAAAAGUCGGGAAAACCGACAUAUAUCGCGACGGAAGCCGCGAAAACAGAAUGUGAUCAUUCUAAACAUUUAUCUAAUCGAGUGAAAGCAUAUAAUAAACUUAUUCAAGAAAGCCGGGAAAAUUAUAUCCGAAACCCCAAUAUCACGAAACCUCGAAGAAGGAUCAUACUAUCAGGAGCAAUAAAAUCUGUGAGUACUGAGAGCCUAUCUAGUAACCUGGGAGAAAAUACCAAAACUCCAGGUGAAUCCACGCCAAAAUUUUCAAGCUUGAAAAGUAUGGAGAAAACUAAUAGACGGCUAAGCUCCAGCCAAACAGUACACCCCAACACAGACAAACAAACACAAAUAAAUCAAGCACAACACAGUGCCGCUCGUGAAGAAUGUAGCUCAAAAUCUGAUACCCAGGAAAGUAUGCAGAAAGCGCCAAGCGCCGAGCAAACACAAGAAAGUAAGGAGAAUGCUUUCUACUUACUUUCCCAAGCCGAUGAAAUGGACAAAACAAAAGUCAACGAAGACGUUGAAAUGACCGAUAAUAUGUCAGACCACAGUCAAAACGGCCGAAAUAGUGCCCACACUGACGAAAAUGCUGAUCUAAGCGACCCAAAAGGCCCAAAAACCGACUCCGAGGAAAGUUCGGAGAAUAGCUAUGCCGACCGAUACAGCAGUAGCGACCACGAUACAAAACGGUCCCGUAGAUAUCUGCAAAGUACGGAGAAAGAAGACAGCCAAACGUCGGACAACAGACUCUCAGAAAGUAUGGAGAACAGAGUAUGGGAAAGUAUGGAGAACAGCAAACACUGGGAAAGUAUGGAGAAAAGUAAUUUGGAAAGUAUGGAGAAUACUAACAGGCUACAAAGUAUGGAGAAAGACAAAAAUCUACAAAGUAUGGAGAAAGCCAAAAAUCUACAAAGUUUGGAGAAAAAUAAAAACUCCGACGAAACCCCUGUAAACAAAAGGAGGAACGAAAUAGACAACUUCGUAUCCGAAUAUAUUUCCAUACCUGCCGCAGAAGGGUUGAAAAUAACAAUUAAACAAAGCGAUGUACCGCAGGCACUAAAAAGAAACAUCAUGGACUUCAACAGCGACUCGGAAAGUGCAGAGCGAACCCCUCUGCUCAAACAGAACAUUAUCGUUCCCCUAAUUCAUAACCCACCCCCACAACCUAAGGAAAUGAGCUUACCGGAUGGUAGAACACAACCCCUACCCAGUAAACAAGUGGCUUACAAACCAAAACCUAAACCGGACCCAAAGCCCGAAGAUAAACGGAAACCGAAUGAGGAAAUCAUUAACACCUCACCCAAUAGUACCUUCCCAUUACAAAGGGCGAAGAAAACACGCAAACCUACAGAAGACACAGACAUGAUCGAAACUUACCCUCAAACGCAACCCAUGGAUACGCACGAUGCAAAUAACGAGUUCAUCUCGCCCCCGAAAAUCAGCGGACAUCUAAAGCGUGUUAUGAAACAAAAAGUUAUCGCAUCCCUACCAAAACCUGUAGAAACUAAGAACAGAUUUCAGGUUCUCACAGAGAGCGAAGAGGAAGACGAACAAAUUAUGGAAGAAAGAUUAAAAGCCAGAAAAGAGAGGCGAGAGAAGGCUGAAAAUUAUAAAAAAUCAUUGGCAGAGAAGCCAACAGUAAAACCUCCCUCCAAAGAUAAAAACGAACCCCCACAAAAGAAAAAAUCGGCUAUGCCACCUAUAGUGCUCGAGGGAGUACCUGAAGACCACAAAGGGUUGACAGGGGUACUUAGAGAGAUCAUAAAGGGUAAUUUCAACGUGAAAUAUACGAAUAAUUCCACCAUAGUAUUCACCGAAGAUAAAAGUGACUAUGACAGAAUACUUGAAAAUAUAAAAACCGAAGAGAUGGCGUUCCACACCUAUACUAGUAAAAGUGAUAAGUCCCAUGCAUUCGUCCUGCGCGGACUAGGGGACGGAACCAAAAUAGAGGAUCUAGAAGAAGAUCUAAUGAUCAACUACGAGAUCAAAACAAGAGCAAUUUACAGGAUGACUACGCGAAACAGACCCCUAUACCUGGUGGUGACAGACCCGUCUAUCACUAUGGAAUAUCUCAACCGUAACGUCAAAGUGGUACUAUACACCAGAAUUACGUGGGAAUUGAGACGAUCUACCAAACUUAUCAUCCAAUGCCACAACUGCCAGGCGUGGGGGCAUGCCACGUCGAAUUGUGGACGUCUACCAAAUUGCCUAAAGUGUGCCGCAGGUCACCACACUAAGACCUGCUUAAAGUCCAGAGACACACCCGCCACAUGUGUGAAUUGUGGCGGCGACCACCCAGCCAAUUUUACCAAAUGUAAAUCCUAUCUAGACAGGGUGGCUAGAUUAGAAGAAAGAAAGAUGACAACAAACAACAAAAAGAGCUACAAACCCGCUCCCCUACCAACACAUAAUAGGUGGGAAAGCAGAAAGGAAGCCACAAAAUCUUCAAAAUAUAAUACAGAGUUCCCUCUCUUACCGGGCAAUCGUGAUGUAGAGUUCCCUCUCUUGCCGGGCAAUCGUGAUGUACCACAACAAGAACAAAGAAGACAACCCAGCAGACCCACACAGCAAACUCAGGGAGGUAUGGACGACAUAUUCGCCCUCAAUCAUGAAAUGCAAGAAUUAAAUUCUUUAGUUAACAUCGCCGAACUAACCCGCGCGGUAAGGGAGCUUAAUUCUAAACUGAGGGAAUGCCGCAGCGAAUCACAAAUUUUUCUAACAUACAAUAGUUUCAUGUCAAACCUAAACUCAUACAGCUUCAGGAACUGAAUUCGCUGCGGUUUACCGAGACAAAUACAAAAUCUGUUUUUACAAUGUAAACGGGCUGCUAAACAAGAUUCAUCUUGUAAGCAACUUCAUAUAUAAACAUAAAUUUGACAUUAUAGUACUAACGGAAACACAUUUGAAACCAAUUCACAAAAUAAAAGUGCGUGACUACGACAUACACAGGCAGGAUAGGCCAGACGAAACCGGAGGGGGCGUGGCUCUCAUUAUUAAACGAACCAUUCAGCAUACAGCUGCCUCGAACGUUAAUUCAAUCAUUGAACACGCGAUAAUUAAAAUUGGGGAUAUCACGGUGAUAGGGGUAUACAAUAAACCACUCAAUCACUUUAAUAAUAUUGAUCUUUAUAACCUGAUGGCCGCUGGGGAGAAAGUAAUAGCAAUGGGGGAUUGGAACGCCAAAAAUAAAGAGUGGGACGCAAACUGCUCAAAAAAUAAUAAAAACGGCAACACCCUCAGCGAAUUUGCCGACACACAUGAUUGCCUUAUUCACUAUACCGAUGAACCAACGUUCUACCCCUUUAGUGGACAAACACCUAGUACUUUGGACAUUGCUUUGACAAAAAACAUUGACAGCAUACAUAACAUAACAACAAUAACAACACUAAACUCGGACCACGACCCAGUUUACUUAGAAAUCAGGACGAAAAAGAACAUACAGAGACAAGACGGACAAUACUACGACCACAAAACAACAAACUGGGUAAAAUACAGGGAAAUCAUAGACAAAAACAUAGUAAUUAACAACAACAUUACGACUACUGACGAACUUGACAAUGAAGUAGACAAACUAACAAAAAUCAUAAUUAAAGCAAGGGAUGCUACAACAAAAAUCAAAAAAGUCAAACUACACCACGAAAACAUAACUACAGAAAUACAGGACAUGAUCAAUACAAAGAACUACAUACGCAGACGUUGGCAACAGUAUAGACAAAGUGAUGACAGAAUUAGACUAUUUGACAUUUCCAAAACAAUCAACGCUGCAUUACGAGACUUAAAAAACAAAAAAUGGGCCGACAUAUUACGAGAACUUACACCACAAGACAACUCAGUGUGGAAAGUUGCAAAACGGUAUAAGAAACCGGUUGUGCAGCUUCCCACACUCGAGGACAAUAACGCACAAUACAUAACGGACACACAAAAAGGGGUAGCGUUUGGAACGUAUUUCGAAAACAAUUUUAAAAACAAUAAUGCAAAUAAUCCAGAGCAACAAAAUAUAGAGGACAUAGUAGAGGACAUUAAGCUCCUCCCCAGAGCAAACGUACCGGCAAAUCAGAGGGUUACGCCGAACGAGGUAAAAGCGGUAAUUAGUAAACUAAAAAAUAGGAAGGCACCGGGUCCAGACGGGAUAUCUGGACUCAUGCUUAAAAAUAUUACCAAAAAAGCGGUCGUACAGCUGCACCACAUCAUAAAUGCACUAUUUAAAUUGCAGCACUACCCUAAACAAUUAAAGGUCGCAAAUAUCAUACCGAUCAAAAAGCCCGGGAAAGCCGCGAAAAAUAUUGAGAGCUACCGUCCCAUAUCCCUUCUUAACUCACUGACGAAGACAAUAGACAUGAUAAUAUUAAACAAAUUACGCGUAAUUGAAAACGACAAACAAAUAAUUCCACAGGAACAGUACGGUUUCCGCGAAGGACACGGUACGGUUGCACAAGUGAUCAGAAUUGCCCAUCAGGCAAAAGAAGCCUUUAAUAAUCAAAAAGUAACCGUACUGGUCGCCUUAGACACAGAGAAGGCCUUCGAUACCGUCUGGACCUGUGGACUUAUCUACAAAAUGUUUAUAAAUGAAUUUCCUGUUUAUAUUGUAAAAACGAUUCAAUCAUACCUACAGGACAGAACAUUCAACAUUAAAAUCAACGAUACAAUCACAGGACCAUUCAAUGCAAUGGCGGGGGUACCUCAGGGUUCAUUACUUUCGCCGCAUCUGUACACGAUUAUGACCCAUGAUAUGCCCAUGGGUUACUAAUGGUGUACAGACGGCACUGUACGCUGACGAUACCUGUGUGUACAAAACUUCGGAGCUGGCUGAAGUCGCGAACAGGAGGCUUGAUAUACACAUAAACAGAACGCUAAUUCCUUAUCUGGACGCCAACAAGAUGAGAUUGAAUGCUGCGAAAUCCGAAAGCCUGAUGCUCACGAAAAAGCGUACAGGAAGAUCGCGAUUAAUACAUAAUAAGCUUAAGAUCGGAGAUCAGGUAAUCGAAUCUCAGCAUUCAAUUAAAUAUCUAGGUGUGCGUCUGGAUAGGGAAUUGACAUUCCAAAAACAUAUAGAGGAUAGGGUGGCAAAAGCCAAUACUGCCAUAAGAACUUUGUACCCACUAUUUAGACGGGGUAACCACCUAAGUCGCGACAAUAAAAUUUUGCUAUAUAGACAAGUAAUAAGGCCAAUAUUGACUUAUGGGUGCCAAGCCUUCUGUUCCAUGACAGAAAGUCACUUCAAUAAGCUCCAGGUAGUACAGAACAGUUGUCUGAGGCGGUCCUUGGGGUGGCUCCGUUAUUCCAGGAUAACGGACAUGCACAGAGAGACAUCCAUGCCAACUAUUAGAGAAUACAUCUUAAAAAUCUCAGAGAGAUUCUACAAAAAUAGUCUUCCUCCAAACAUAAAGGAAGACAUACUUAAUAUCAACGAGGCAAACAGCGCGCAUAGGAAGCAUGGAUGUCUCCACAAAGCACUGACAAUAUACAGACAAGUUUGAGACGUAAUACACACACAAACAUAUACAGACUUUGCCCUGCGA